CCUUGCGCGAGCCGGUAGCAUCUGGGCAGCCGAGGACGCCGCGAGGCAGGCGUGGUUGCCUUCCAGUCUGCGAUCCACCACCACCUUGGUAAAAGCACAAUGCAGGUUGUGACCAACUACCUCGUCAACAGCUCGAUGGAGCAGCUCCUCUCGCUGCGCGCGUCGGCCCGCCUCCUCUUUGCGUGCCUCGCGGUCAACAUGCUGCUGCAGGCGGUGUUCAUCUCGUACAAACUCAUCGACACGGUCGACGCCUCGACGUGGAGCUCGACGGCGCUGGUCUCUCUCGUGGUGUGCUACACGGCGUGGAUCGUCAUCUCGGCCAUUGGCGGCGUCUGCGGGCUCUACUCGACGCACUACCACCACACGCCGUCGGCGCAUUUGUGCCUUGGCGCGUGGCUGCUGCUCGUCGUCUUUCAGCUGCUCGAAGGCGGCAUUGCGAUCUUUUACCUCUCGCCCGAGGCAGAGUUGGGACCCGAGACGCGCCGCAUGCUCGCUAUCAACACGGCUGCGCUCAUCGCGAUCGAGGUUCUCUUUAUUGUGUUCAUCCUCGGGUACAUCCAGCUGCUCGAGUACUGCGCGCCGUUCGACUACAACACGAUCCUCGACCAUGAGGACGCGCAUUUCAUGGCAGCGACCGAGUGCUCGUCGCCCAAGGUGCUCGUGCCGCUGCAAGACAUGCCGACCACUUACGGCACCGCUAGUCAUGUCUAAC